UUACCAUAACAACAAGACAUUAUUGCCUCUUGCGAUCUAUUUCAAGUUUCCGUUGUUUGUUUCGACUGAGCGGCCGUUUCUUCUAAUUCACUUUUGAGAACAUAUGGACAUCGCGCAUUUUUCUGCUUUCGGCUCAUAGUUUCUGAAUUAGCGAAGAAAAAAACAUUUUUGGAUCGUUUUUUUUUGAAGUGCAAAAUGAUUUAAGACUCGAACAAAAAUAUGUCAUUAGGAGCAAAUCAUUCUUCAGAUUGCAUGGUGUUCAAUCAAUAAAAAAGAAGCUUUUUUUAUGUACCAUUGAAAUAUCAUUGUAAGCAAUGUCUGAAAUGAAACCGGGAAAAACACCACCGCAACCAGAUUUUAAUGCUGCAGCGCGGAUUUGCAGCAUGGCUUCUUUAGAGAGGAAACACAGUAGUGGUGAUUUACAAAGUCGUCUGAAAACGAGGAAAAUUCUUGGAGUAGGAGAAACGGACAAUGGAGACGUGCACAGGUCUAAGAUCAGUCAAGUUCUUGGACACAAUGAGCAUCUGUUCGUUCGAUUUCCCCGAUGCUACUGGUGGUGGCAUUUCCUCAUCGCUGCAAUAUUCACCGCCAAUGGCUUACAUAAGUGUUUUCUGUUCUUGAUCGAAUCCGAGGAACAUUCUUCAAAAGAAUACGUAACAGAAGCGAUGCACAUAAUAUUAGGCUUUUCGCUGUUGCUGUGGCGAUUACUUGGUACAACUGACAAAUCUCUCGCCAGAGCCCUCAUGUUGUCUGUAGUGGUCUCACAGUUAGCUCAAUUCUACAAUUUCAUCAGAUGCCUCUACCAAAACAGAUGGGAUGAUGAGAAGAAUCUUAAUAUGUAUCUGUCACCAUUUCUUCUGUUGGGUUGUGCAUACUUUUUCUGGGCCAUGGGUUCCAGUCGAGCCGGUCUGCGCAGGUCUCUUUCAAACAAAGACCUCAGAGAUCGUCAGCCCACCCCGGAAGAUCAGCAACCCCUAACAAGACAACAACCGGAACAGAAGAAAAAUGAAUAAACAUCUUUGCUCUCUUAAAACAAUGUAGUUUGUGCUCCUCAAACUUCAUAACUCUGUUUGAUUGACCACACAUUAUUUUGUAAUCUGAGGCUGAAUUCAAAAAGCAACUUCAAAAAUCCAGGUAAAUCUAACUGAAGUCCAAUUCAUAGAGCAACUGACGAGAAUUAGGGAAAUUAAGGUAAAUAAAAUUGGGAAAAUGCUUUGUUGUGAAAAGGUAAAAUUAAAGACAAGUCUUCUGGUGAAGGCAUUCGAAUUCCACCAGAUAUUUCACCGCAUUGCCUAUAAUUGUAUAAAACCCUAACUUAAAAUUAAGGUAAAUAAAAUAGGAAAAAUGCUUUGCCGCGACAAAAUGUUGGUGAAAUUAAAGACAAGUCUUUCGGUGAAGACAUCCAAAUUCCACCAUAUAUUUCACCUCAUUGCCUAUAAUUGUGCAUUAAACAGGUCUGGAUGGCCAAAAAAUUUAUUUAAAGAAUACUCUUAUGUGCUGCAAUCAAGACUUUAAGCAAAAUCAAGUGUUACUACAGAAAUUUUUAACUACCAGAACAUGGAACAUACAUUUUAGUAAAAGCUAUUCUUGGAAGAAGAAAAAAUUGAGAACCAUAGAAGAAAAUCAUAGAAAAAAUAUUUAUUGAAUGAAGGAUAUGAAAAAAAGUUUUUUUCUUUUUACAGUUGCCACCCUUCCAUAUGGGAUUCCAAUUAACUGGAUAACAAUAUUACAAUGUUAACAUUUUAUUAUAAUAUUGUUUUGUUUACAGACUGUUCUUUUAUAUUUAGGAACCCUAACUUAAGAAAUAAGGUGAGGAAUAGAUGUCAAACUUAAAAACCCUAUUUUAAGAACGAGGUUUAGAGACACAAGGAUUAAAGAGCCCUGAAUUAGGAACAAGACACAAGUUUCCACUGAAGAAUUAUAGAACAAUUAUUACACUAUAAAAAGGACGGUUGCCACCCUUCAUUAUGGAAUUCCAAUUAAUUGAAUAACAAUAUUACAAUGUUAACAUUUUAUUAUGAUAUUGUUUUGUUUACAGACAGUUCUUUCAUAUUUAAGAACCCUAACUUAAGACAUAAGGUGAGGCAUAUAUGUCCAACUAAAAAACCCUGUUUCAAGAACGAGGUUUAGGUUUAAAGAGCCCUGAAUUAAGAACAAGACACAAGUUUCCAAUGAAGAAUUAUAGAACAAUUAUUAUAUAUAUUGAAAAAAAGGAUUAGACAUGUUUUUAUACUUAAAAACAACAGAACUCUGAUUCAAAAAACGAAGAAAACGAAAUGUUCCUACUUAAGAAUCUUGAUUUAAGAACAAAGAAAAGAUACAUCUUUCUACUUUUUAAUAACUCUGACUCUACCAUCAGUUUUAAAAUUGUAUGACAGCAGCUUUUCGAUUUCAGCCAUUUUUCUUUGCUUAAAAAAGUAUAAUGCUUUGAGGAAAAAAAAGUGUGUGCAUGAACAUUUUACUGAGUAGUUUGAGAAGCACUUAGAAUCAAUGUUCAAUCUUUGGCUUUGCUUUUAACUUCAAUCAAAGUAUAAAGAAAGAAAGAAAGAAAAAAAAAAGAGUAAAUCAUCAAAUGAAAAGACCCAUUUUAAAGUAGUACCCUAGGUACGAUUUCAUAAAAAAAAAUCAUUAUACUGUUCCAUAAUAAAUUAUUAAUGAAUUUGUCGAACAAAAUUUUUUAAAUUAAAAUGUGCUAUUUUAAGCGUGAUGAAGUUUUUAUAUAUUGGAACAACAAAUAUUGAGUAUGAAAAAAAAUUCAUUUGGAUAGUUGUAUUCAGAAAAUGUUUUUUUUCUGGCUAAAUUUUUUAGAGAGACAAUUUAAGUAAUGGUAACAAUAAAAAUAACUCAGGGUUUCCAAUAAAUUUCAGAAGAAAAAAGAAUCCUCGAAUUUUCCAGGUAAAUUUCAAUAAUAAUUGAGACCCUAUUUUCAUCAGAAAACUUUAAUUCUUUUAUUUGUUAUGUGAAAUAUUAGAUUUUCUGUGUAAAAAAAAAAGUAUUAUAAAAAGAGGAUGGAAACUUUUCAGUUUGACUAAAAUGUGAAAUUUUUACAACAAAUAAUUGUAAUGGAUGUUAGAAUUAUUUAACUCGAAUCAAUAACUGAUUACUGUUACUGACAAUUUUAAGACUGGUUAUUUUCCCGGUAUAAUAUAGGAAUAUUCCAGGUUUUUGUAAAAAAAAUUGCAAUUUCCCUGAUUUUUGGAGUUAAAAUAAAAUUCCCUGACAAUUCCA